AGCCUCCUCGGCGAGCAUCUCGCUUCUGUGCCAAAAAAUGGGAACAAGAUGCAUGAUUCUGAGGCCAGCAAGAUGAACUUUGACCCGAACAUGGUCAUCAUCCUCGUCGCCAGCGAAGACGAGGAGGGAGGGAACCCAGUUCUGCAACUCCAUCCAUUUUGAACUAGCCAGAGAGAUGUUUCCAGUGGGAAGCCUGCGAAGUCCAAGGACACAAAGCUUCAAUACACGAUAGUGGAAGGUCGAAACAGAGGCCUGAACUCAUUGCGAAGUCCAAAGACACAAAGCUUCAAUAAACGACCAUGGCAACUCCUCGUUUUUCCGAGGGUGAUUUUGAUCAGGUUCUGGUUGAAGAAAACAGGUCUGCAAGAACGUAUACAUUAAACAGACCUAGGCAGUUGAAUGCCCUUUCCUAUCAGAUGGUUGCUUGGCUGUUGGAGAUUUUCCUCCACUGUGAGAAAGAUAGUAAUGCCAAGCUGGUAAUAUUGAAGGGAAAAGGAAGAGCAUUUUGUGCUGGUGGUGAUGUUGCAGCUGUAGUUCAUGAUGCCAGUAAAGGUAACUGGAGAUCAGGUGCGGAGUUUUUUCGUACAGAAUACAUCUUAAAUUAUGUAAUGGCAACAUUUAUUAAACCCCAGGUUUCAAUUCUUAAUGGUAUUGUCAUGGGCGGAGGAGCUGGUGCUUCCAUUCAUGGUAGAUUCCGUGUUGCCACAGAGAACUCGGUUUUUGCAAUGCCAGAAACAGCUUUGGGUCUCUUCCCUGAUGCAGGGGCUUCUUAUUUUUUAUCAAGGCUUCCCGGAUUCUUUGGAGAAUAUGUUGGUCUUACUGGUGCUAGAUUGGAUGGUGCUGAAAUGCUUGCAUGUGGGCUUGCUACUCACUUUGUCCCAAAAAUGGCACUUUCUUUGUUAGAAGAAGCAUUAUACAAGGCUGAUUCAAGUGAUCCAGACAUUAUAUCUGCAAUUAUUGAUGGCUUCUCUCAGCAGCCUGUUUUGAAAGAAAACAGUGCUUAUCACCGGUUGGAUAUUAUUGAUAGGUGCUUCUCUCGAAGAACAGUCGAAGAAAUUUUAUCUGCUCUCGAGAUGGAAGCUGUGGACAGGGCUGAUGAUUGGAUUCCUGAAAUGAUUAUGUCAUUGAAGAAGGCAUCACCAACGAGCCUUAAAAUUUCUCUUAGAUUGAUAAGAGAAGGGAGACUCCAAGGUGUAGGACAGUGCCUUGCCCGUGAAUACAGAGUGGUUUGUCAUGUCCUGCGGGGAGAGCUCAGCAGGGAUUUUUUUGAGGGCUGCAGGGCUAUACUAUUGGAUAAGGAUAGGAACCCAAAGUGGGAGCCUUCGAAAUUGGAUCUGAUCAAUGAUGAUGUGGUUGAUCGGUACUUCUCCAAAGUGGAGGAUGAAAGAUGGGAGGACUUAAAAUUCCCCACUAGAUCCAACAUUCCUGAAUAUGCCAUUGCCAAGCUCUAGCCUAGAGCUGCAAGCUGGAAUAAGCAUAAUUCUAGGGCAAGCAUCUCCUAUGGGAGUCUGUCUUGGCAAUGCACCCACCUUGUGUUUGGCCUGAUCUAUGUUUAUAGUAUGGACUGCCGUCGGUCACUUGCAGUACUCUUGACAGAAAUAGUUUGUUGCCUGUGCAAAUGUUGAAUGUGUAUCGAUCAAAGUGAAAUAAAUAGCUAGAGGGAAAUUAAAAUGGAAAUAUUUGUAUACAUUAUGUACUGCAUAUGGAGAUAUUCUAUUAAUUCUAAACAGUUCCAUUGUCAAA